UCUCACUCGAAGAUGUGAAGUGGGAAAUCUUACAAGAAGAUUUCCGCCGUCGCGAAUUGGCGGGUCCCGAUGGUGCCGGAGUUGCAAGCAUGGGCCGUGGGCACGGCCGUGGAAGGGGCAGAGGGCGAGGAGGAAGAUUUGGCAGUAGUAACUUCAAUGGAGGCCGUGAGGAGCUUCAUGGUGGUUUAUGUGGAUGACAUCCUCAUAUUCUCACCCUCCUCUGAUCUUGUGAAGGAGGUGAUGCUGAAGCUUCAAGACAAGUUCAAGUGCAAGACCCUUGGUGACGUCAACUACUACCUUGGGCUUCACAUUGAGCGAGAUGUGGAGAAGCGAUGGAUGCGACCUGCUGAUAUGAUGACCAAGAGGCUGGUCGAGCAGCAGCAUUGGAAGUGUUGCAAGCUUGCUGGGAUGGCUCUGAACUAAGGGGAGCAGAUUCUAAGGCCAACAAUCCGAGGGGGAGUUUGUUGGUGCAACCCUAUGGCUUGCACUCGGCUUGUCGUCCUUGUUUGUGUGUGUGCAUGCAUGGCAUGGAAUGAAUUGUGAGUCUAUGU